AUGUCGAAAGGGCUCGCAGUCGGUAUCGAUUUGGGAACAACCUUCUCUUGUGUUGGUGUGUUUCAACAUGGCAAGGUGGAAAUUAUUGCUAAUGACCAGGGCAAUCGAAUCACUCCAAGUUAUGUCGCUUUCACCGACACCGAGCGUCUGAUCGGUGAUGCUGCUAAGAACCAGGUGGCUAUGAAUCCUGUCAACACUAUUUUUGAUGCCAAACGUCUCAUUGGUCGUCGAUUCGAAGAUCAAGUUGUACAGGAUGAUAUGAAACAUUGGCCCUUCCGUGUGAUCAACUCCGGUGGCAAACCGAAGAUCGAGGUGGAGUACAAGGGUGAGAAGAAGUCGUUCUUUGCAGAAGAGAUCUCCUCCAUGGUGUUGUUGAAGAUGAAGGAGACAGCUGAGGCUUACCUUGGGAAGACAGUGACAGACGCCGUG